AUGGGUGUUCACGAGUUGUGGUCCAUCCUUGAGCCAAUCCGUGAGUCGGUGCCGCUGUACAGUUUGAGCGGAAAGACGCUGGCCGUGGACCUCAGUUUGUGGGUGUGCGAGGCCCAGCACGUCCAGGCCAUGAUGGGGAGAGUCACGAAGCCCCACCUCAGGAAUCUGUUCUUCAGGGUGUCCUCCCUCACGCUGAUGGGGGUCAAACUUGUCUUCGUUAUGGAAGGGGAAGCCCCGAAAAUAAAAGCGGAGACCAUGAGCAAGAGGACACAGGAAAGAUACGGAGGAUUCAAAAAGGCUGCCACAACUAAAGCUGCAUCAAACCCCAGCAGAGGGCGCUUUAAGGCUGUACUGCGAGAGUGUGCAGAGAUGCUGGAUUACCUGGGCGUGCCGUGGGUGACAGCUGCUGGGGAGGCUGAGGCCAUGUGUGCUUACCUGGACUCACAGGGACUGGUGGAUGGCUGUAUCACCAAUGAUGGGGAUGCCUUCCUCUACGGGGCCCGGACGGUCUACAGAAACUUCAACAUCAACACUAAAGAUCCUCAGGUUGAUUGUUACCAGACCGCUCAUGUGCAGUCAGAGCUGCAUCUCUCUCGAGAAAAUCUUGUUGGUCUGGCGAUUCUCCUCGGCUGCGAUUACAUCCCAAAGGGCAUACCUGGUGUGGGAAAAGAGCAUGCCCUGAGGUUAAUACAGGCUCUAAAGGGACAGUCUCUGUUGCAAAGGUUCUCGGUCUGGAAGGAGGAGAUUACAGAUGUGUCUGAAGGAGUUGUGAAGAAGGUUUCCCACUGCAACUUAUGUCGACAUCCUGGUUCGGCAAAGGCACACGAGCGCGGUGGCUGCACGCUUUGCAACAGCCAGCGAUUCUGCCAACCUCAAGACUUUGAUUACCAGUGUCCCUGUGACUGGCACCGCGGUGAAAAGACACGCCAGGAAUUGUCUCUUGAGGCAAACAUCAGGAGGAAAACCCUGGCAAGUCAGCAGUUCCCCUUUACAGAGAUCAUCGGCGAGUUUCUGGUUUCCAAAGAUAAGCCUGUGUCGCAUUUCAAGAGGAGGCAGCCGAAUAUGCUGCUCAUGCAGAAAUUUGCCUAUGACAAGAUGGAGUGGCCGAAACACUACACAAGCGAAAAGGUUUUAAUCUUGAUGACCUACAGCGAACUGAUGAACAGAAAAUGUGGACGAGACGUGCCCUCUCAAAUCAAACCCGUCCGAAUACUGAAGCCAAGGGUGAGGAAUGGCAUCGCGUGCUUCGAAGUCAUCUGGGGAUCUCCAGAACAUUUUGUGUUUCCUGAGGACCAGCAGGCUGCAGGCCAGCAUGAGGUGAGGACGGUGGAGGAAGAGUCUCUGUUCCGCGUGGCGUUCCCCGAGCUGGUGGAGAGCUACCUUCGAGACAAAGCUCUGGCUGAAGAGAGCAAGGCCAAGAAGAAGAAACCAAAGAGUAAAAAGGAGAAGCCCGUCGAAGGCUGUGAUGGUAUUUCGCAUCUCUUGGCUCAGAUGGCCCUUCAGGGCUCCUCUUCAGCAGAUGCGCCCUCUGAGCCGCCCCUCCCCAGCCGUUCAGCCACAGUGGAAGGAGAGGUAGUGAUUCUGGACUCUCCAGUGAGCCACAAGCAGCUUAGGAAGGAAAAAGAAGAGCCCAGCAGUCUGCAGGAGCGCUCUGACUCCCAGAAUACAGCGUCACCUUCUGCCUCUGUUGUUAUUGGCGCUCUGCACCUCAGUGACAUCGACUGGGACGCUUUCUCCUUCACAUCCUCUCCAGCAGCUGUAAGCCACACCGCGGGGGAAAACGAACAGCAGAAAAGCCCGAGUGAUGUCCCGCAGGGAGGUUCAGAGCUGUCCGUCAUCGAGCGCUCUCUCAGGGACCGGGUGCUCGUGAAGAACACAGCCAAAACCGUCAAUCAGAUGGAGGUGGCCGAUGAUCCAAUCCCAAAAUGGCCUCACGGUGGAAUAGCCUCACUUAAACAUAAUUCAGACCCACAGAUUCACAAUCAAUGCAGUAGUGAUGGUAAUCUACUGAGGAAGGAAUCUCCUGUCGACAGGAGCGAGCCCUUCACAGACAAAAUCCAGUGUGCAACAAGUAAUGUCGGAAGAAAAGCUUCAGAAGAACACGAAACAUCUGCAGGACAAACUGAAAGUGAGACAAAAGAAAAACCUCGUGGCUCCAAAAAGCCUCCUCAGAAGUAUACAUUUGUCAAAACAGCGGUUCCGUCUCUGGCUGCUCCACCGCAGCAGUGCCGCUCCGACCCGGGCCAAGGCAAGAAGGACUCCAGAGCGCCGCAAACCACCAAGAAGAGCGUUUGCAUGAGCGUGUGUUCAUCCAGUGACGACAGUGAUGCAGAAAACCGCCCAACCGGACCUCGGAGAGCAACAAAAACCAAACCCGCUCUCAGAAACUAUGCAAAGCCUCUUUCUGUCCCUCCCAGCAAACCACAUGCAAAAACCAGUUACCCCCAUUUGAAUGAACCACAUGCUCAACUUGUCAGAAUGUAUUUAGAAAAAGGUGCAUCUGAAAACACGUCGCAGGAUGUCCCACCCGCUGAGGUGGAGGCGGACGUCUUUCUUCAGACUCCAGCAUCUCCUGUUGUGGGAGAAGACGGCGAUUCGGUGAUCAGUAGUGAUAGUCCACUGCCGCUGGCUGAGAGGCUGAGACUGAAGUUCAUGAAGUAAACAGCGGAGUUUAUGGUGAAAUAAAUUCUCUGGGUUCCUCCUUUAA